AUGACAAUAUCGAAACACUUGCAUCGUCCUCCGUCUCGGUCUUCUUCCAAAACGAGACUUCAUCCGUUUCGUGCUCCGGAAGAAGAAGAAGACAUUGCUCACAUCCACGUCAGCCUCCGAUUCGCCCUUUUGGUGUUCGGCAUCGUGCCGUUUUGCACUUAUUCGAUUGCUCUUUGGGUGGCUGCUCACCCGCAUGUCACUGAAAUUGACAUGAAUCCGAAUUACACGAAAUACGUUAAGGAGACUUUUCAGGUGAAUCAUUGUUUCAGUAAUACAGUAGCGGUUAAAGCCGAAAAAGGGCGUGCUUUGUAGAGUUUGUAGGAAAUCGCUUAAAAAGAGUUGACACAUUUCUGUAUCAUCAUUUAGACGAUUACUGUAGCUCAUAGGAGUUUUGCACUCAAUUGAACAUGAUUCUAGGGUACCAAUUCCAUGAGGUAAAAUUGUCAAUAAAGUGCAAGAUACUUGGAAUGCUUUAGGUUGCUAUGCUAUUUCAAUGUUUAUCUGUAAUGAUUAUCGAUGAACUUGUCUGACCCUUGAAUUCAGAUAGUUUUAAACUGAGAACCAAUGUUUUUCUUUCAGUUCAACGAGACCGGAAACGGCGAGAUCUGGGUCUACAACGACGAUGGAACCAAACAGAAUCUGGGCCUAUCCUGGAAUCGUUUCUACGUCUUCAACAUGUCCCACUACACUUUCGGAUUCGGAAAUUACAGCUUCUGCAACGUGAGUUUUUGCCUCCUUUUGGCACCCGAAAUGCCGAUUCUCUCAGAAGCGAAACGAAACGUACGAGCACGAUUGGUCGACGUCGAUCUUCCGCGCAACACAGUUGUAUUCGAGUGUCCAGGUGAAAAGGGAAACAACGGGAUCGCGAUCAGAGAUGAACUGCAUUCAUCCACAUUAUGAUAGCGAAUUUAUCGGGGGAAAAAAGAGAAAUUGAAGGGAAGCGAAGGGUAGAUGGACAAAAGAGAAAAGUGAUAAGGGCUUCGGUUGGCUUGGCUUCUUGGAACAUAGAAUAGUGACUGCAAAAGAGUUUCAUUUUUGGUUGCUACUUGCUUUAAGCCAAAGAAACAGCUUCGGAGAACUGCUCGAAGUUCAUAGUACCAUUCUGACAUUCAUAUCAAAUAUUAUCAAUCACCACAGUUCCACCCUCAUACUCGCUUCUUCUUCUUCUUUUUUUUUUGGAACACUCCUAAUAUACUUGACCAGCGGAAACUGGAUAACCGCGCCCGCACGCGCUCACGCCGAUUUUCGUUGCUUUCGUAGCCACAUAUACAGUUUACAACGUCUGCCAAUUGGAAUGCCAAUCCACAAAAACAAAACACUCGUUCGAAUGUUGCAGACUGGAAUGCGAUACGGCCUGCUGUUCGUCAUGGUUCCGAUGAUUUUGAACGCGUACAUCCACGUCAAAACACUUUUAUGGAGCAGAGAACGUUGACGUCCGCGUUCAUCGGUAAGCGGGAGCUUUCGUGUCGGAGAAAUCUAGUAAGAUGUCUAGUAGUAAGUCAUUUCAGGCGCCGCCUAUGUCCUGAACGAAGUGCUCGUCUACCUUGCCUAUUUUCUUCUCUCAGCCUUACACGUUGUAUUCGACAAGAAAUGUAAUAGAAACAGAAUACAACUCCUCCAAACUCUAUGAUUUCCGUCACUUUCAGACCUGCCCUACGACACUAUUUGCUUCUCAAUGGCGCUCAUGUUGUCAAUGUCCAAACUGAUGCUCAGAAACUUCACGGAAGUGAAUAAGCGUACUUGUGAAUGGAAACACAGAAACUGAUGUUUCAGAGUCUUGGGAUGCCCACUUUGUUCCGAUGCAUUGGAGUUAUGGUCCUGAUCACCGCCCAUGCUCCUUUGAAAGAGGAUAUCCAAGACUAUGCAGAUAAUAUCUAUUGUGACACUUUUGGUAGGAAUGGGCACGAAGUUCUCCCGUCUAUUCCACCCGUUUUGCAGCUCCUCCGAAGGUGUGCGUCCUCCAACUUCUCUGUCUUUUCAUCCUGUUCUUCAACAAUCUCUACGACGUCCAGCAGUCCAGAAUCUUCCAAAUUGUAGUCUCUGCGACUGCCGAAGACGUUGCCGUUCAGAAUAUCCCGACUAAAACGGUAUUCAGAAGACAGAAACCUUUACCAACGUGCUUAUAA